AUGCCAGGUAUUGGAUACGAUAACGAUUAUGCUCCCAGGGUUGCAGAAGUCCCGCGGGGCCAACCGGUAUCUCACAAGAACAACCCUGCUGCCAUCCAUGGAAAUCGCGUAUCACGCUCAUUUUCAACAAGGGCCGGGGAGAUUCCUCCCGGGGACAAGAGGAACUUGAUGAACAAACCCCUUCCACCGGAUCCGUCUGAGUUGCCUGAGGGAUAUGCGGCAGAAAUCAGAUAUGCGACUGAGUCCGAAGCAAGCACCGCUGCACCAGAUACUCAAGGAGAGGGUACACUGGACUCGACAAGUCAACACUCACAAUUAAACCGCUCUAAUACAACACGCUCUUCAAAAGAACAGCAGCAUGAUUGGGCGCCAGACCGAUCUCCUCUCCAAAAGCUCGAGGUGACUUUAACUGGAAUCAGCAAGGAAGAGAAACGAGCGCGUGUUCAAGAAGCCGAGAGGCGACUCAAAGAAAAAUUGGCCCGCCAAAAGAUGGAAGCAGAGGGUGGAGGACAAAUACCAGCUCAACCUCGGGAGUCUGCUGCUCCUGGGGAUUCGAAAUCAGGAACCACGAUGCCUGAGCGGACAGCCUCAAACCGAUCCACGAAAUAUGGACAACCAACUGGCACAUACCGCAGGCAAGAGCCAAAACGACCAACACAUCAGCGUUUUGCUUCCGAAGGAUACGGAGAGCUCGAGGUUCCUAGACAGCGACCAGCCGAAAAACCAAUAUCCACCCACAACAGAUCAGCUUCUGUUCGAUACAGUGGACCUCGCCCUGGUGAAGAAUCACAAUAUGCCAAUGCUGGCGCUCAAUACCCUGGACAAAAUGUCAACAGGGGCAAUGUUCCCCGGCGAUCGGUGACCGUCAGCCACCAACCCGGACCUUACGGCGCGAACAUGCGUCCAGCGCAGAAAAGUGCACCCCGCGAUACUUUUGCCCCCGGCUGGGAUAGUUCUCAAGCAAAUCAAUUACCUGCGCCCUCUCAAAGAGCCGUCCCAAGAAAGGUCGACCCAAAAAUGCAACAGCAACCACUUUACCCAGGACCUGGAAAUCGUCAGGGCAGGCCAGCACAGCAAGCUACCCGAGAACCAGGCACUUAUGCGAAUUUCAAUGGGGCAGCACCUUUCACUGCUCCUGUCGGUUUUGGUUUUAAUGACCAAGCACUAGACAAGGAAAAUGAAAUGACCCAGAACACUCAAGAUGAGCUGAGCUCGCAGCAGCCCAAGCCAAAGCGCCAGACAGUGUCGUUCAAUGUACCACCACCCACACCACCCCCACUUUCAGAAUGGAAAAAUGCACCCGCAGCAAGGCUCUGUGCAUCCGAUUUUGAUUUCCAGAACUUCGAUAUGGAUAGAAGCAAGGCUUGGUGGGAAGGUGGUGGAAACAAGGGCAGAAGACAGAGCAGAUCUCUUCCAAUCAACUACCAGAAGCCCACUCAAAAGCUAAAUGCAAACAAGAGUUUCCAACCACCGCUCUUCUUAAAGUCUGGUCCCUUGCUCCGAUACACCGGGAUGAAGCGGGUACAGAUAGAUGGACCGAAUGGUCCUUUCGACAAGGAAACAUGGCGAGGCAGUGUCAUGAUCGUGACAAAAGACUCGCGCUCUUCUUAUAAUACGCCGCCUACAUUGAGGUUAUUUUCCCAGCCCAUGGACCUCUUGCCACCUCCUCCAGUCGAAGUGAAGGGCGAAGAGGGUGCUGCACUGGCGCCCGAGUAUGUCGACCCGACAGCCGGCCUUAUGAAGCUUGGCCGAGAUGGGCGACCACUCUAUGUCAAACCGGUGGAACAUACCGAAGAGGAGAUGGAUCUUUGUUUUAUCGAGAACGAUGAUGGUAUAUUUGAGCUGUCCGCCAGUAUCAUCGAUUACAGCAGUGAUGGUAUUAAGCAAGCAAUUCCUGCAAACAGAAUUCAUUCCAUGGACGGGGAAGCGGCUGGUGUCCACAAAGACAUUUCGGGAUUCCGUCUAUAUGCUGAUCCAGACCGAGAUGUUACAUUCUGGCGGUUCAACCUGGAGGUUGAGCUGGGCCCAAUACAGCAGCGAAUCGCAUACCGCAUCAACCAAGGACCAGCCUUAGGAUUCUGGGUGCCAGCAAAGGGUCAGUCUAUGAACAUCAUGUUCCAUAACGGCAACGGAUUCCGGCCAAAUGUCGAUACCGACCGAUUUUGUGGACCAGACCCAUUGUGGAGGGAUAUACUCAAUGAGCACCAGACUCGUCCGUUCCAUGUCAUGGUCGGUGGAGGUGAUCAGAUAUUCAACGACCAAGUGACAGCAGAAUCAUCCCAUUUCCAAGACUGGAUCAAGAUUAAGAACCUCAAUGACAGAUACGACGCACCCUUCGAUCCGGAAUUCCGAGCGGAAAUAGAGAACGCCUAUCUUGAGAACUACUCAGCGUGGUUUUCACAGGGCCUCUUCUCUUUGGCAACCUCUCAGAUCCCUGCAGUCAACAUGUGGAAUGAUCAUGAGAUCCUUGAAGGGUAUGGCUCGUAUCCCGAAGAGUUUAUGCAAACACCAGUAAUUUCGGGCUUGGGUCGUAUUGCGUUCAAAUACUACUUGCUGUUCCAGCAUCAUAGUGUGCCAGAGGAGACCGAGGCUGAUGAGCCGAGCUGGCUUCUUGGUGCCGAACCAGGGCCUUAUAUCAGAGAGAAGAGCAGGAGCUUGUUUAUGUCCAUGGGCAAAGGAGUGGCUUUCUUGGGACUUGACUGCAGAACUGAACGGACGAGCAACGAGGUUAUUAGCGAAACGACAUGUGACCGCAUCUGGGAUCGCUGUCACCGUGAGAUUAUCCGGGGAGAAACAAAGCAUUUGAUCGUGUUGUUGAGUAUUCCAAUUGCAUACCCCAGAGUUGCGAUGCUCAAAAACAUUCUCAACAGCCGCAAAUCGCUAGGCAAGGCUGGUAUGUUUGGUGGACUUGUCAAUAAGAAUGGCGGCAAGGUGGAAAUUUACGAUGACCACUGGACGGCCAAGCACCACAAGUCCGAGCGGACAUGGUUGAUCGAAGACCUUCAAGAUCUUGCAGCAGAGAAAUCCGUACGAGUGACAAUUCUGAGUGGUGACGUCCAUUUGGCGGCAAUCGGACAGUUCUACUCGAAUCCCAAACUGGACUUGGCCAAGGACAAGGACUACCGAUACAUGCCAAACGUGAUUUCCUCUGCCAUUGCCAAUCAGCCGGAAACUGAGAUGGUAUCGGAUAUGCUCAACAAGCGUAACCGGGUGCACCAUGUUGACACCAACACCGAUGAAGAUAUGAUUCCCAUCUUCACCCAGGAUGUGGAUGGUAAGCCUCGGAACAACAAACGGUUGCUACCACGACGCAACUGGUGUUCAAUUCGAGAGUAUCAGCCUGGCUUCACACCACCGGCCACACCUGAAUCCGAGGAGGAGCCGGAACCUCGCCCUGGAAUGCUCAAAAGAACCUUGUCCCUAACUCGGGGUGACAAACCAGCAGGCGGUGGUAUCCUGCGGCGACUCUCGUUGCGUGGUCCGCCGCCCACGAAGGAAUUCAACCUGGGAGGAAACAAUGCUCCUGGCCGAAGGAUGAGCAUGGACGGACCAUUCCCUCCUGCUGAGACCGGAGACAGUCAAUUCCCAACACCAACAGCAACCCGACCAAACUCAUUCCUCCGUCGACCUACAAACGUUAGCCAGAAGUCGAAGAAAGCAGUUCAAGCGGAAGACGACGGUGCGGGCGCCAUGGUCAACCUUGAAGGAGGAUUAUCUGUGACAUUUAACAUGGAGCUCAAUCCCAAGGAUCCAGCUGGAAUCACCACCCCGUACAAGUUGCUGGUACCAAUGUUGCGGUAUGAAGGGUAUGAAUAUGACCCACCAGCAGCACAGGUGGCCAAAGGGUGGCGGAAAUGGCUAGGAGUGCGGAGGAAGAAGGACAGAAAGGAUGCGGAAGAGGGGCAAGACGGGGCAAGUGAUGAGGAGGAUGACUACGAGGACCCUGAAGAGGGGGACGAUUACGAUGAGGACAGCGAUCAGGGGGAGGAUGAGGACGACGAUAUGCCACCAGAGACGAUAGUCCCAGUGGGCCAAGCAGCGGUGGAACCGGACGAGCAGACGAAACAAGCGAAGAAGAAGUGGUUUGGACGACUGAGAUGA